AGUAAAUAUGAGCGUUGACCUUGAUUCUUUCCAUCCUCCCAAGAACCUCCCUCUCAAAUCUCUCCCAAUUUCCCAAAUCCGGAAGCACCCUUCUUGGCUUUUAAUCUCUUUUGCGUUGAAACCUUUCUCUUAACCUCCAAAUCAGGGGCAGACACAAAAAGAAAGGAGAGAUGAGUGAGUCUGAAAAUUUUGGACAUGAGCAUCCCCUGGUGUUGAAUGAAGGGCAGAGCACGCCCAGUGAAGAAGCUUACUGCUCAAGGUGUGAGGAGGAGGUGACACUGUCAGCUCCAAGUUUUAGCUGUGUGGAGUGUGGGUUUUACCUCCAUAAGAGAUGUGCUGAGGCACCCCUGGAGAUCAAUCACCCUUUUCAUCCUAAGCAUCCUCUCCUCCUCCUGCAAAGUUCACCUUAUGCUCAAGCAUUAUUCUGCAUUUGCGAUUUUUGUGAUAAGAUAUGUAAGGGUUCCAUUUAUCAUUGCUCUUGCAAAUUAUACUUUCAUAUCGCGUGUGCUUUAUUUACAUAUAAUAUUGCUCAAAAAAAUGUUGAAGAGCUUCAACAUGUUGCUCUUGAAGAUCCAUUGAUUUCCACCGACAACGAUGGUGAAGAACUUGAAAGUUUUCAGUGUUUCUGGUGUUGCAAACCGUUGCUAAGUUCUACCUACUUUUCUCUUGAUUGUGGAUUCCAUCUCCAUAAAAAAUGUGCUGAAUUACCUCUCAAAAUCAAUCAUAUGUGUCACCGCAAACAUCCUCUUGGUCUCCAAUUCAAUAUUGAAAGGUUUUCUUGCAACAUAUGCCAAGAAACCCAAGAAAGAGGAUUUGUUUAUUGUUGCUUGCCUUGCGAGGUUGCUGUUCACAUUGAUUGUGUACCAACAUCGCCUGAUAAAAUUCAUCAACACCCAUUCACCUUGUUUUGGAGACGAGCUCCUUUCAUUUGUGAUGCCUGUGGCACUGAAGGAAAUCAUGUUGCCUACAUAUGUACUACAUGCAAUAUUAUGGUUCAUAAGCAAUGCACUUCAUUGCCACGCAUCAUCAAAAGCAGGUGGCAUCACCAUCCCAUUUUUCACACAUAUUUCCUUGAUGAAGAUCUUAAGAAUAGGGAUUGCGUAAUUUGUCACGAUGAGGUCAAUGCGGAGCACGGCAGUUACUAUUGUUCAGAUUGCAAAAUUAUUGCCCAUGUGAAUUGCGUGACAAAAAAUAAAAGCUGGUAUUAUAUAGUUUCACCUGAGAAUGAAGAUGAGAAAUCUAUCGAUAGUUUGGCACUUUUGCCUGGUGAAUCUAUUGACUCCAUCUAUUGUAUUAUUGAGAAGAAUGAUGCUGGAGAAGCCACAAAAAUAAAACAUUUCAAGCAUAUGCAUGACUUGAUGUUAGGUGAGAAAAUUGCGAGGUAUGAUAAAUGUUGUGAGGGGUGCAUGUUACCUAUCUCAGCUUCCUUUUACUAUUGUUCAGAAUGUGAUUUCUUUCUUCAUAAAGCCUGUGCUGAAUUACCUAAGAUGAUGAAGCCUGUUUGGCUUGAUUAUUGCCAGAAAAGUUCCCUCAUCCUUACUUCAGGCCACCUUUUUAGAUGUCACUCAUGUUAUCACCUAUCUAAUGCCUUUGCCUAUAAAUGUAAUGAAUGUGACGGUCAUCUAUGCCUUCGAUGUGUAACUCUAACUCCUGAUACUCUAACAUGUCAAGGACAUGAACACCCCCUUCUUUUUUAUGUCGAGUGUGAAGUGGCGUGUUCUACUUGUGGUGAUGACAUGUAUCGAGGAUACUGUUGUAAGGGUUGCAAUUUUGCUUUAUGUACGAGAUGUGUUAGACUACCACUUACAACUCGACACAAAUGCGAUGAACAUGUUCUUACACUCACUUAUAAAGAUGAUAAUGAUUAUUCAGAAUGUCGUUUUUGUGACAUUUGUGAGGAAAGAAGAGAUUCAAAUAAUUGGUUUUAUCAUUGUGCAACUUGUGAUACUUCUGCUCAUAAGGAUUGUGUUCUUGAAGACCUUCGAUAUAUCAAAUUGGGGAGUAUCUACAAAGAAGGAGAUCAUCCACACCCUCUCAUCUUUGUGAAAAAGAUUUAUUACUACCCUAAGUGCAUUAAAUGUGGUAAGCCUUGUCAAAAUUUGGCUCUCGAAUGUGUUACUUCUGGAUGCAACUAUAUUGUCCACUGGAGAUGUAUAGUAUCAAAACAUUUAUGGUGGUAAUUUCACAUCUCGAGAAAAAUCUAGAUGGAGGUCUUAUUGGUCAAAAUACUUGAAAACUUCCACUUCAUUUGCAAGAAAGCAUAACCAGAGUCUGGUCUAUACUUUGUUACUUGUAAUGCUUGUUAUUUUUGUAAUUGUAACUUAUUUUUCAAUUAUAAGUUUAAAUGUAAUGUAGGCAUCUGAACUUAGAAUGUGUGAGGCUUGGAUUGCUUUUGAUUAUUCACUUAGAAAUUCCUUUUAAUUUGACAUUGUGGUUGUAAUGACAAUAAAGUGGGUAUAUGUU